UAUAUAAAUAGAGAACUAACCCAAACCUCUUUCUUCAACCAUCCUCUGCUCAUUCAUAACUCAAAAGCCUAAUCACCUCUCUUCUCUUUCAUUCAUUGAAAAUGGUUUUGUUGUCGAAAAUAACAACAGAUCAAUAUCCGUGUCUAAGAAACUUGAAACAAACCACAUUCAUACCUGAAAUCCCUAUAGUGGAUCUCUCCAAACCUGAUGCAAAGAACAUCAUAGUCAAAGCUUGUGAAGAGUUUGGAUUCUUUAAGGUUGUCAACCAUGGUGUUUCCAUGGAAUCUAUCUCUUUAUUGGAAUCUGAAGCUGUUAAGUUUUUUUCCAUGGCUUUUGAUCAAAAGGAAAAAGUAGGACCAGCUAAUCCAUUUGGGUAUGGAAACAAGAAAAUCGGACAAAACGGUGAUAUUGGUUGGGUUGAGUAUCUUCUUCUGUCAAAUAACCAAGAUUUCAAUUCCUUCAAACUCUCCACUGCUUUUGGUAAAGACUCACAGAAGCUUCGAUGUUUGUUGAGUGACUACAUGUCAAGUGUGAAAAAGAUGGGAUGUGAGAUUCUUGAACUGAUGGCAGAAGGAUUGAACAUUGAAGAAAAGAAUAUGUUGAGCAAGCUUGUAACUGAUAAAGACAGUGAUUGCAUAUUCAGGCUUAACCAUUACCCUCCUUGUCCUGAGUCAAGGUUGAAUAAUAAUGAUAAUGGUGGUGAAAAUGUGAUUGGUUUUGGUGAACACACAGAUCCACAAAUCAUUUCCUUGUUGAGAUCAAACAAUACUUCUGGUUUUCAAAUUUGUCUCAAAGAUAAGAGUUGGAUUUCAGUGCCUUCUGAUCACAAUUCCUUCUUUGUUAAUGUUGGUGAUUCACUUCAGGUUAUGACUAACGGACGAUUCAAAAGUGUUAGGCACAGAGUUUUAACAAAUGGUUUCAAAUCUAGACUCUCUAUGAUUUAUUUUUGUGGUCCAUCUUUGAGUGAGAAAAUUGCACCUUUGCUUUGUCUCAUAAAAGGAAAUGAAAGAUUAUUAUAUAGAGAGUUUACAUGGUUUGAAUACAAGAAAUCUGCUUAUGCUACAAGAUUAUCAGACAAUAGACUUGGUCACUUUGAAACAAAUAAUGAUUCCUAAGAUAGGAAUCUCACACUUAGACAUGUCACUAUUAGGAGAUCUAUAUCAUGUGUAAUAGAACUAGAAUUGGAUGCUUUUGCUUUUGCUUUUGCUUUUCUUUUUAUAUGUUUUUUUAGUUAUUCAUGUGUAUGGUGUAAUGAACAAUGUAAUUAUUCAUAUAUUGAUUUUCUUUUUAAUUAAA